AUGCUUCAGAGGGCGCUGCGGCUCCGCCCGGGCCCUUACCUCUCCGGACGGGGGCUAGGCACAUACAGAGGAGGCUCUACUCUGGACUGGGAUGGAAAGGUGUCGGAGAUCAAGAAGAAGAUCCAGUCCAUCUUCCCUGGCGGGGCUUGGAGCCCUCUGUAUGACACCAGCCACCUGCCCCCCGAACGCUCAGAUGUGGUGAUUGUAGGGGGUGGGGUGCUUGGCCUGUCGGUGGCCUACUGGCUGAAGAGGCUGGAGAAGCAGCGAGGUGCCAUUCGGGUGCUGGUGGUGGAGCGGGACCACACGUAUGCCCGGGCCUCCACUGUGCUCUCCGUGGGCGGGAUUCGCCAGCAAUUCUCAUUGCCUGAGAAUGUCCAGCUUUCCCUCUUUUCGGCCGAAUUUCUACGGAACAUCAAUGAGUACCUGGCGGUGGUCGAUGACCCUCCCCUGGAUCUCCAGUUCAACCCCUCCGGUUACCUCCUUCUGGCUUCUGAGGAGGGGGCUGCGAUCAUGGAAAGCAAUGUGAAAAUGCAGAGGCAGGAAGGAGCCAAAGUCUGUCUGAUGUCUCCAGAGCAGCUUCAGAAAAAGUUUCCCUGGAUCAACACAGAGGGAGUGGCCUUGGCAUCAUACGGGCUGGAGAACGAGGGUUGGUUUGACCCCUGGUGUCUGCUCCAGGGGCUUCGGCGAAAGCUACAGUCCAUGGGGGUCCUUUUCUGCCAAGGAGAGGUGACACGUUUCAUCUCUUCUUCCAGCCACAUGGAGACUGGCAGCGGGGAGCAGGUGACUUUGAAAAGGAUCCAUGAGGUCCAUGUGAAGAUGGACCGCAGCCAGGAGUUCCAGCCUGUGGAGUGUGCCAUCGUGGUCAAUGCAGCGGGGGCCUGGUCUGGGCAAAUCGCAGAGCUGGCUGGUGUUGGGAAUGGGCCGCCAGGCACCAUGCAGGGCACCAGGCUGCCCGUGGAGCCAAGGAAAAGGUAUGUGUACCUAUGGCACUGCCCCCAGGGACCAGGCCUGGAGGCACCGCUCGUCGCAGACCCCAGUGGAGCCUAUUUCCGUCGGGAAGGAUUAGGCAACAACUACCUGGGCGGCUGUAGCCCCACAGAGGAGGAGGAGCCAGACCCAGGGAACCUGGAAGUGGACUACGAUUUCUUCCAGGAGAAGGUGUGGCCCCGUUUGGCCCAGAGGGUACCAGCUUUUGAGACUCUAAAGGUCCGGAGCGCCUGGGCUGGUUAUUAUGACUACAACACCUUUGACCAGAAUGGUGUGGUGGGCCCCCACCCGCUUGUCGUCAACAUGUACUUUGCGACGGGCUUCAGCGGCCAUGGGCUCCAGCAGGCCCCCGCCGUGGGGCGGGCUGUGGCGGAGAUGGUGCUAGAGGGCCACUUCCAGACCAUCAACCUGAGCCCCUUCCUCUUCAGCCGCUUUUACUUUGGAGAGAAGGCCCAGGAACACUGUAUCCUUUGA